AAAAUUUCCAUAUGCUGUAGUUUUGCUACUCCUGGUUCUUUCUCACUCUGUUUUCAGGAAGCUCUGGAGUCGUUUGAUCGUUGGUGACCGGAAGUUCUCUCCGCGAGGGAGAGUAAGGAAGAAGAAGAAGAGAGGUCGGUCGAAUCGAAUGCGAUCUUGUUUGCGAUUGUACUCGUCGGUGUCUCAGCCCAAGUCCCAUGUUCAGUUUGCUCUCUAAAACCCUUCUUCGCCGCCCGCUGUUCUUGCCCACCACCCUCAAAUUAUUCUCGACCGCCGCCGCCGCCGCCGCCGCCUCGAAUCAAACCUCUUUCGCGUUCUCUUAUGUCGUGAAUUCAUGUGGGUUGUCCCCUGAAUCAGCGCUGUUCGUUUCCAACCGCGUCACCUUCGAAACCUCGGCGAGACCCGACGCGGUCGUUAACGUCUUCAAGAGCCAUGGUUUCUCUCAAUCCCAGAUCGCGGGUAUCAUUAGGAAGAGGCCUCCGAUGAUUUUGGCCAGUCCUGAGAGGACCCUUUUGCCCAAAUUGAAGUAUCUGCGCUCUGUCGGCUUUUCCGGCUCUGACCUGGCGCAAACGAUCACCUUUGCUCCCUACUUAUUGACUAGGAGCUUAGAGAAGCACCUCAUCCCCAAUUUCGGUAGGCUGCGGGACUUCCUUGGGUGCGAUAAGAGCGCGGUUACAGCUAUUAGACGCAGUCCAAGAAUAUUGUUGCAUGGUUUCGAGGCUACAGUUUUUCGUGUCGUCAAGAUUUUGAGAGAUAAUGGAGUGCGUGAAUCAAGCAUUAUGUGGUUAGUUAAGUAUCAUUUUAGGAAGUUGAUGACUUCGUACGAUCACCUCGAGAAAGUUGUGGAGAAAACCAAGGGGAUGGGCUUUGAUGAUCCUUCUGCGGCAAAGUUCGCUGUGGCUAUGCUACCAGUCAUGGGAAUGAGCGAAUCGAUGUGGGAGAGGAAAUUGGAUGCUUAUAGCAGGUGGGGUUGGUCUAAAGAUGAUGCCAUGAGUGCUUUUGUGAAGAGUCCUUGGUGCAUGACAUUGUCUGAGGAAAAAAUAAGCGCAGUGAUGGGAUUCUUUGUCAAGGAAAUGGGGCUUGAAUCUUCAUUUCUUCUGUGACAUCCUACCUUGAUGUUGCUGAGCUUAGAAAAACGGAUUCGUCCUCGAUGUAUGGUUUUCAAACAUUUGUCGUCGCAUGGUUUGAUGAAGACGAAGUUUGGCUUGACUACCCUGUUGACAAUUUCUGAUAAAGAUUUCCUGGUGAAGUUCGUGACCCCUCAUAUAGGGGAAGCUCCAGAAUUGCUGGAUAUAUAUUGGGAGAAGAAGCAUAUGGUGAUGGGGGCACUGGUUCCAUGAAAUGGCACACAGUACCACAUAAUUCGUUUGUCCCUCUUUCAUUUAAGAAUUUUUCCAAAUUGAGAAGCUUUGGGAAAGUGCCAAAAGGAACAAGGAAACCGUAGCUAUGAAUGCUUGGAAGUCUCAAUCUUCUGAUACACAGCAAUCUUCAGAGUGACAGCUGUGCCAACUUCAAGACCACGAGACUGGACUUGGUCAUUCACUUCUUCACGAACAAUGGCCUUCUAUCGAUACCAGAUCUCACAGAUCAUCAGGGACACUUCCUCAGGUGAUCGUGGCCAAUCCUGGGAGGGAACCUUUUGCCCAAAUUCAAUUAUGUGUUCUCUCGGCUUUUCCUACUAUGAUCUGGCCAAAGUCAUCACUGCUUUUCAGGUACAUUGAUGAGAGCCCGGAGAGUGGCCUCAUCGCUCUCCGCUCUCUGCUCUUCAUGGAACAAUUCUUAUCAAAGUUUCAUUUUUUUAAUAUUUCUCCUUAUUGCACUCACAUCAUAUGGACGGAUGAUACUACCCAAGAAAGCAAAUGGUUCAAGAUAAUUGCUGUUUUGCAGAAUAUAUUUUGUGGGAUAGAGCUCUAUAUAAAGCUAAAGUAGGAAAUGGGCAUUAUGCGAAAUUGGGAACUGGUGAAAGCUUUCCUGCUCGCUGUCUUCGUUAUAAGAUGAUGAACAAAAAUUAGAUUCGGAGGCGGGCAGGUCCACUUCUUGUUUUCUCACGAAUGCGAAGAAUAAAGAGUGUGCAUGUGAGGAAAAGAGUAUGAUGGAAAAUGCUCUUUUUUAAAUCACUUGAAUAGAGGAGUCCGCCUUUACAAUUCAUUGACAUAUUACAUAUAGAUUUGUCCCUGCCUAAAGCCCAAGCUAAAUAUCCUGGCUACGUAAUUGUUUUUAUCACGACACUUGUUGUAGUUGUCUAGGUUGCAACCAAAGACGUGAUCUCCUACCGUCUUUAAAGUGGAAGGGGUCUGACCCGACUUGUCCCCUACUGUUGCAAUUGGAACGUCCAUAUCCAAGGGAUGUCUUGUCGUAGAGACGAAUGUUGUCAUCACAAGGGUGAGCAAUGGUCUAGGAUCAACCUUGCGGGCUGGUCCGGUUCCGAGGGAGACAAGGUUGAUCCCUAAUUCUAGGACCCUUGACCCUUGCAUUGUCUGAAUUGAUCAUCGGUCUUGAGAUUUUAGGAUUGGGAUUGGACCAACCCUAGUUCAAACCAAGCCCUAGGUGACUUUGUUGUCUUUCUUUUGCUAUGUAAAGUAGAAACUAUCAUUUGACCAAAAGAAAUAGAAACCCUCUUUGUCUU